UUUUCGCGUGUGUGCUAAACUCCAUCCGAGUUCUAAACUGUAGCUGGGAAAUUUGUACACUAGCUGGGAAAUUUCUCCUACCAGUACCAGCGUUCUACUUCUACUAGUUCUAGGGAGUAGAAGUCGUCGCUGGUGAUAUGUCGGCCAGUAGUGGAAUCAUUCGGCGUAUACCGCUGUUGCUUGUCUCUGACGAUGUUCUCCUUCCUGGGGCAUCGAUGCGGAUUUCUGUCAGAAGUUCAAACAACAUGAACAUGGUAAAGAGUCGCUUGCUUAGUCGAAACACGCUGAGCAGUGCUGUGAUUGGUGUUAUCCCAACAAGACCUGAGCACUCGGAGUCAGAGAAUGAAGAGGUUGAAAACAUUCAGUCCAACACUGUGGGGACUGCGGCAGUUGUUGUGCAAGUAACUGGGACAAAUUGGCCCCGGCCCAUGUACACCCUGCUGGUAACUGGCAUAUACAGGUUCAGGUUAGACAGGCUUCUGCAGUCAACACCGUAUAAAGUUGGCUCUGUAACACAACUGGAUAAUCUGACCUUAGACGAAGCAGAUAUUGAUGCUGAAAACAAGGAGCUAGGUGAACUGAUUGAGAGCUUGCGGGAAAAGGCCAGACAACUACUUGACAUGUAUGACAUAUCUUUGCCUGUAGUUGUCAAGCUGAAGAAACUGUUGAAGACACUGCCUCCUCAGAACCUGCCUGAUAUCUGUGCAUCCAUAGUAAAGGCUUCCUACACAGAGAAGCUUCAAGUGUUGGAUUCCGUAGAUCUAGAGGAGAGGUUGAGGAAGACCUUACCAUUGUUGGUUAGGCAGAUCGAGGGGCUCCGGUUGUUGCAAAAAAGUAAGAAGAAUAGAAUGCAGAUUGUACCACGCUCGAAGCUGCCUGCAGUCCUGGGAAAGAUGAUUCAAACACCACGUGACAUGCUGGACGAUGACAAGGACACAGACAACGAGUUACUAGACUUGGAGAACAAGAUCAGGGAGGCACAAAUGCCAGACCAGGCGAACAAAAUAGCUAUGAAUGAACUGAAGCGUUUAGAGAAGAUGUCACCUCACAUGCCAGACUAUGCAAUGACAAGGAACUAUCUGGAUUUGCUUGUGGAGUUGCCCUGGUCAAAACUAACCAAAGACACCCUGGAUAUCGAGCAAGCGAGGAGGGACCUUGACUGCGAUCACUAUGCCAUGGACAAGCUCAAGAAGAGAGUCAUCGAGUUCUUGGCUGUGCGCCAGCUGAAGAACAGCCUCAAGGGUCCCAUACUUUGCUUCGUCGGGCCGCCCGGGGUUGGAAAGACGAGCAUAGGCCGGUCUAUUGCCCAUACACUUGGCAGAGAAUUCCACAGGAUCUCUCUUGGAGGCGUGUGCGAUCAGUCAGACAUCAGGGGUCAUCGGCGCACCUACAUCGGUGCAAUGCCAGGCCGCAUCAUACAGGGCCUGAAGACUGCCGGCACGCGAAACCCCGUGUUCCUGCUAGACGAAAUCGACAAGCUAACCAGGGGAGUCCACGGCGAUCCGUCUGCGGCGCUGUUGGAAGUUCUAGAUCCCGAGCAGAAUCACACCUUCGUUGAUCACUACGUGAAUGUGCCGUUUGAUCUCUCGCAAGUGAUCUUCAUCGCGACUGCAAACAGCCUAGCAGGAAUUCCUGCACCGCUGAGGGAUCGUGUUGAGAUCAUCCCAGUCGCUGGCUACACACAGGAGGAAAAGUUCCACAUAGCUAUCCGCCACCUGAUUCCAAAACAGUUGGCAGCUCAUGGUCUGACCAGCGAGCAGCUGCAGAUUUUAGAAGACAGCAUCAAAUGCACCAUUGAGAAAUACACGCGAGAGGCUGGCGUGAGGCAGCUGGAGCGUAAGAUCGGAGCGAUCUGUCGUGCGGUUGCCGUGCGGGUGGCAGAGGCGAGCUCGAAGCAUGAAAGAGCAGAUAAGGACACGGACGCUGUGCAUCAUGAGACAGAUGAUGAGAAGGAUGCUCAUCUGGCUGAGAACGUGGUCGAUCCACCUGAAAUGCCAAUCGUCAUAGACGAACAUGCACUGGAAGACAUUUUAGGGGUGCCGAGGUUCGAGCGCGAGAGCCGCGACAGGUUCGACGAGCCAGGCGUCGCUGCGGGCCUCGCGUGGACGGAGGUCGGCGGUGAAGUGAUGCACGUCGAGGCGACGCGCAUGGAGGGCGACGGCAAGCUGACGCUGACGGGCCAGCUCGGCAGCGUGAUGAGGGAGUCGGCGCGCCUCGCGCUCAACUGGCUGCGCUCGCACGCAGAAGGGUGUGGCAUCGCGGUCGCGCAAGGGAGCGAUCUUCUGGAGUCGACCGACGUGCACAUCCACUUCCCGGCGGGCGCCGUCAGCAAGGACGGCCCGUCGGCCGGCGUCACCGUCGCCUCCGCGCUCGUGUCGCUCUUCACGGGGCGCAGCGUGCGCGCAGACACCGCCAUGACAGGCGAGAUCACGCUGCACGGCCUCGUACUGCCGGUUGGUGGGAUCAGGGACAAGAUACUGGCUGCACACCGGGCGGGUUUCAUGCGCGUCGUGAUUCCUCAGAAGAACGAGAAAGACCUGAAGGAUAUUCCAGCUACUGUCAGAAGUGAGAUGUCCAUCAUCCCGUGCGCUCGCCUGGAGCAGGUGCUCUGCGCCGUCUUCCCAGAAGGUUUUCCCGACCUUGGCCGCGAUGUCGAGGUCGUGACCAGCAAGCUGUGACCUCGACUGUCGCCCAGCAAGCUGUGACCUCGACUGUCGCCCAGCAAGCUGUGACCUCGACGGUCGCCCAGCAAGCUGUGACCUCGACGGUCGCCCAGCAAGCUGUGACCUCGACGGACGCCCAGCAAGCUGUGACCUCGACUGUCGUGUAGCAAACUGUCGACUGUUGACUCUCGUUAAGUCAUUCCGAAUGAUGGCCGCGCGCGCUCGCGGGAAGCGCGGCGUCCCGUCGCCGAUUCGGGGAGCCGUCGUUCGUCGCAAACAGUUGUUGGCAGCCAUCUUGGUCCGCUCAGUUGUUCGAGUCUGUUUGAAAUGUUUGGGUGAGAGUUGUGUGGAGUGUGGCCGCAUGCGUGACAGUGUCUCGCUUAGGUUUGGACUGCUGUGGUGGGUUUGUGCUACUGGCGAAGUGGUGUUGGCAUGCUAUCUGUGUGUUGAUUACUCAAUCCACACUGUCACUAUACUCACUCUAUGUCUAUUCGGCUAUAAGUCGCUCAAUCAUUCCUACAGUAGUGAAGCUUUACUCCUAUUCCUAAUGGCAUUGAUGUGUGCAAUAUGAUGCAAUCUAUGUUGGUAGAUUCACCAUUUAAAUGUAAUCCUACUUGCUUCAUACUGCCUAAAGCUUAAUAUAACAUGUAGAAGUAGUAAAGGUACUACUGGUCAGUGGGCGUGAUACACGACCUAGUUAUGCUAAAUAUAGGAUAGCUUUUGCAAGAAGUUUAAAGGUGAGGAUGAAUUAAUACCCCAUAGCCUUAUGAUUAUUGUUAAGAGAGUGAUUAUAUAGUUAUUUAAAAUUAAUGUGUAUAUGCAGAGCAAUUUGCAUGCAUGGCAUGAGUGUGGAAGCUCGCAAAUAUUGGGAGCUAUUGAUUCUCAAACAAAAGCGAGUAUCAUACCAAAACGACCGCUAAAAACGAGAACGUUUCUUAACAGUAUUACGUAAUAUUCGCUAUUGUUUUUAUUAGUUUAUUAAUUAACUAAGCUACAGUUAAAGCCUUACAGUGCGAGUAAAACUGAUCGCAUGACCGAGUAAAAAAAAAUUGCAUUUGUAACCGUUGAAAUAAUCUGUGAUCUAUUCAUGACCUGCCACGGGAAUAAGGUCAAUGACAUGGUUGACAUGGUAUGACAUAGACAAGUUUUCAAUAUGAAACGCUGGUAGUUACGAGCCCAGUUUUUACGCAGCAGGGAUGUAAUCGAUUAUGGUAUCAUAAAUUGUAUUAUUAAUUUAUGAUUAAUUGAGGUGACGGAUUAUUAUUUGUACUUCAAUGUUUGGCUGCCGGCAGGUUGUUAUUUGUACGCCGAUAUUAUCCUCUCAUGCUCAGAAAGAUAACAUUGUAUUGGUAUGACUGACAACGUGAGAGUGCAUGCAUAACCCAUGUCUGCAAGGCCGUUCAAAGCUGUGUACUGUGAUCAAAUAAAUGCUAUUAUUGGUUAUAACUAUAGAGAGAUAUAU